CAUUAUCCUUUCUCCUGAAGCUUCUCCAAAGCCUCUUCUUCUCUUUUCUCUCAUCAUCUCUGCUGAACACAUACCAGAACACACUCUCUCUCUCUCUCUCUCUCUCUCUCUCUCUCUCUCACAGGGUGAGAUAAAAACAAAAGCAAAAAAAAAAAAAAGGAAAAACAAAAAAUGACAGGGGUGCAUAAAAUAGGGCAUGCUGUGUAUCAUGGUCCAAGCGUGGUGAAGGAGAUACUCUAUGGGCUGGCCCUUGGCCUCACAGUAGGAGGCUUAUGGAAAAUGCACCAUUGGAACCUGCAGAGGAAAACCAGAGAGUUCUAUGAUAUGCUUGACAAAGGUGAAAUCAGUGUUGUGGUUGAUGAUGCUCAUCAGGAUUAAGUAUUAAUCAUCAAUUACUACUCUCUGUAUCUGUUUGUGUGUGUGGCUCUUAAAUGGUUUCUAUAUGUAAUUAUGAACAUGCAUGCUAUUAAUUUUCUGAAAAAAAAAUUAAGUACUGAGAGAGAUCUUAAUUAAGUUGUUUCAAUUAA